AUGGCGCUACUAACGAGCCGUCGACCGCGUGCCAAGGCGCAGAAGACGCGGCAAAAUGACACGGAAGCCUCUACGACCAGCGAGACUGAGGACGAAAUGGACACUUUAAUCGCGGACAACGAGGAAGACUACGCAGACGACGUCGUGGCUGUAGGCGGCAAGCGACGCAUGAAGUCUUCGUCCACGCAGCUGUCCCAAAUGGACGCCCACAUCAAGACGGAGAUGGGCGUCGUGGAAGAAAUCUACUGCGAGAACUUCAUGUGCCACCGCAAGUUGCGCGUCUCCUUGUGUCCGCACAUUAACUUCAUCACAGGCGAAAACGGCAGCGGCAAGAGCGCCAUCAUCGCCGCUAUCCAGAUCUGUCUGGGCGCUAGUGCACGCAGCACUCAUCGAGGCAAGAGCAUCAAGAACCUCAUCCGCCACGGCCACGAAGGCAACGCGCUGGUGCGGAUCACACUGAGGAACGACGCGAAGGGCAGCGACGCCUUCCGUCCCGAUCAGUUCGGGCGUAAGAUUCAGGUCGAGAGACUCAUCCGUCGAGACGGAUCCGCCGAGUACCGACUCAAGGACGAGACGGGUGUGCUGGUGUCCAAGCUGAAAACGGACUUGGACGCGAUGCUGGAUCACCUGAACAUCCAGACGGAGAACCCGUGCGCCAUUCUGGAUCAGGAGAACGCCAAGCUGUUCCUGAAGGGCAAUCCACAGGACAAGUACAAGUUCUUUCUGCAGUCCACAGAUCUGUAUAAGAUGAGGACGACGUACUCGAAGAUUGACGAGGAGACGAGGAACAUCGCGGAGACGACGCUGAAGAGAGAGCGAGCCAAGAUCUCCACGUUGAAGGAGGUCAUGGAGGAGGCCAAGAAGCAGUGGAAGGAGGCCCAGAGUAUUGGGAAGCUGGAGGAAGAGUUUGAGGUGCUGAAGAAGGAGCUGGCGUGGUCGUUUGUGGCCGAGAAGGAGAACAUGGCUGCGAAGAUGGAGAAGAAGAUGAAGCGGAAGAAACGUGAUGCGGAACAUGCUGCUGGGGAGUACGAAGAGACAAAGGAGGCGGUGGACAAUCUGGAACGGAAGCAGAAGGAGAAGAACGACAAACUCGAGGAAGUCAACGCUCGAAUGAGCGAAAACAGCCAACGGAAGACCGAGGUGAAGAACCGGAUCCGUGAAGCUCGUCGGCCGUUGCACAACUGCAAGGCGGAGCUGAAGCACCUGACGCAGUCCAAACAGCGCGCCAACCAGCGACUUUCACGUUUGCAACAUGAUUUGCAGAAGAAGCGCGAGAACCACGAAGCCAUGCUGCACAACCGUCUGCAACGCAACGAUGAGAUGCGUGAACGUAUCGAGAUGAAGCGCGGAGAGGUGAACAAUGCAGAGCAGGAGGUCAACGAAGCCAAGGAUCGAGCACAGGCGCGUCCCCAGGAACUGGACGAAGUGGAGAAUCGUCACGAUAAUUGCGUCCGUCAGUUGCGUGAGGCCGACGCGGAGUCUGCUAAGACCCAGCACCGCAUGAAUCAGCUACGGAGUCAAAAGCGCGAUAGUCUGGCGGUGUAUGGCAGCAAGAUUCCGCAGUUGCAACAGCUCAUUCACCAGAAUCGCCACCGCUUCUCCGAGCCUCCCAUUGGACCUCUAGGUCUCCAUGUGAAGCUUCCUGAAAGGUUCAUGCACUUUGCUGUGGCUAUCGAGGUGGCGUUGAAGGGCACGCUAGGAAGCUACUUGGUGGUGAAUGGCCGAGACAAAGCGCUGCUGGAUGAUCUCAAGCGCCAAGCCCAUUGUCCGCAUAACCAAGCUAACAUUAUCAUAUCGCAGCGCAGUGGACGUCGGUACAGUAACCUGCGUCUUGGAGAGGGGAAAUUGGCAGCUCACGCGAUCUGCAACAUCCUCGAGGUGAACGACGACGAGGUUUUCAACGCUUUGGUGGAUGUCUGCAGCUCGGAGAGCAAAUUGCUGUUUGACGAUCGUCAGUCGGCGGAGCAAAGCGUGCUCAGUGGCUCCAGUGGUAACUUCAGAAUGGCUCGCUACGUGUCGGAGGUGUAUCUGCCGAACGGAGACAAGUUCGUUGUUCGUUCCGGUAAUUUGGCGUUCAUCGCCAACAAGGGGAAUCGACGCAGCUCCAUCAUCUGCCAAGACGUUGAGGGCGAGAUCACGGAGCUGGAGAAGAAGAUGGACUACUUGAAGGGCAAUCAGGAGGUGCUACGUCGCGAUGAGGCGCGACUGAGACGCAAUCGUGAGGACUUUCGACAUCAGAUGAAGCAGCAGAAUGACCGUAUUGACUACUUGUCGCGUCGAUUCAACCAGAAACGAGCAGAGCUGCGCAACCUGGAGGAGGAAUUGUCAGACGACAUGCAGCAGAACACUCUGGAUACGUCGGUGCUGGAGGACGAGGUCAGGUCUGUUCAGGACGAACUGGAGGAUUUCCGUCGUCGAGAGCAGGAGCUGAAUGAGGUUUUAUCCAAGUCGAAUCCAGAUUUGGAGGGCCAGCUGCAUGAAUUGGAAGAACUGGACGCGAUGGAGAAGAAGGUUGCGGCCGAAAUGAACGAGUUCCAGGAGGAUGCUGACGCAAUUUACAAGCAUCUUAGCGAGAUGAAGGUGCAGGAGAUGACGUACCAGAAAGAAGCAGCAGCAUUACGUGAGAUGGUGGUGCAGUGGGAGGACGAGCUGGCUGUUAUCCAAGAAGAAUGUGAGGAGCAGAGACAGAAGGCACAGCAGCAUUGUGAGCGAGUCGCUGUCCGACACUCACAUGAUUACUAUGGCAAGCGGCUAACAGACAUCAAGCGCCAGAUCGAUCGCGAACGUCGCCGGUUCCAAGGCAUGGAUCUCGCGGAACUGAGAGAUGAUUUGGAGUCGAAGAAACUCAAGUAUCGCAACAAGAAGAAGAACUUCGACAAGUUCAGGGACAAUCUGGAGCGUAUUCGCACAAUGUUGGAGGAACGCAAGCGCGUGUGGCAGAUUUUACGCAAGGAGAUCGCUCAUCGGACGUCCAUGGGGUUCAACAGGUACAUGGGUCUGAACAACUUCGCAGGCAAGCUCAGGUUCCGGCAUGACGACCAGCGACUCGAAAUCGCUGUGCUGCAGAACGAAGCGGGCGCCUCCCGAGCGUCGCAGGUGACAGAUAUGAAGGAGCUGUCGGGAGGCGAGCGGUCCUACACGCAAGUGUCACUGCUGCUAGCUCUCGGCGAGAGUAUCGAGUGUCCGUUCCGAGUGAUGGACGAGUUCGAUGUCUUCAUGGACGCAGUCAACAGAGACAUGACCAUCCAGCUACUCGUGAGAGCGGCCAAGAAGGACGGCAAGAAGCAGUUUAUCUUCGUGACUCCCAAUGAUCUCAGCAUGUUUGUUAUCGCAGUGCGUUGCGCCGUGAUCCGAUGGUGA